ACGAGUUGAUUUUUCAUCAUGGCCAGUGUCGGGCGAGGGAGGGGGAGAGGGAGGGGCCUAUUGGUCACCAAAGUUGGAUCUGCACCUAAGCCUGGACCAGAGGGCGAUGUGGGAUCGACAAAAAAUGGAGAAUCCCCACCAGCAGGGGGCACUGUACAGGAACUUGAGGAUUAUCUUGAGGGGCUGACCCUCAAUCUGACUGAGGACAACCUGGAGGACAUCUUGACCUUAUCAAAAUCAAUGUCAACAGAAGACCACGUAAUGAAUGUGGCUAAGCGGAUUUAUGACAAGAGUUUGAAAGACCUAGAAUUUGCCAAAUGUGGAGCGUGUAUUUGUGAUAGACUGUCUAAUGUUGAGGUUCAAACAGCAAAGUUCAGAAAUGUUAUUCUGCGAUAUGUGCAAGAGGAUUUUAAAGGUAAAGAAGAAAUGCGAAGUUCAGACAACAAGCGUUACCUCGGAUUUGUCACAUUUCUUUGUCAGGUCUUUGGAAAUGUUCGACUUACGACAGGGGACACCAUGAAGCCAUUAGUGGCACCUGUGUUCGAGUGUUUAGAACAAAUCUUACAGGACCAAACCUCAACUGAGGAUGAGUAUGAAUGUUUAUCAUUACAGCUGCAGUGCAUUGGAAAAGACCUUGAACUUCAGGAUCAGCCACGCAUGUCUGCAUUGCUCGAUCAAGUGCGAACACGCAUCAUAAAAGAUGGGCUGACAGCUAGAGGGCGCUGUACUCUUCUUGAACUGCUGGAGUGUGGAUCACGGGGUUGGAAACCGUUAUCCAACGACCUGACUCGAUUCUACUGUGACACCAUGGUAGAGAUAUUUGCCACAAGCAUCGAGUGACCGCCAUUUUACAACCGUACAAUUACACCUUGUUACAACAG